ACCCCAGGAUGGCAGCAAACCAGCAGAGACGAGCCAGCCGCAGUCGAGUACGACGGGCUACAGCCAGCCCAGCCUGGGCUACGGACAGAGCAACUACAGCUACCCUCAGGUGCCUGCCAGCUACCCCAUGCAGCCCGUCACCGCGCCUCCCUCCUACCCGCCGACCAGCUAUCCCUCCACGCAGCCGAGCAGCUACGACCAGAGCACUUACUCCCAGCAGAGCACCUACGGGCAGCCGAGCACCUAUGGCCAACAGAGCAGCUACGGGCAGCAGAGCAGCUACGCGCAGCAGCCCCCGCCGACCAGUUACCCGCCCCCGACGGCAUCCUACAGCCAGGCCCCCAGCCAGUACAGCCAGCAGAGCAGCACCUACGGGCAACAGAGCUCGUUUCGGCAGGACCAUCCCAGCAGCAUGAACGUGUACGGACAGGAAUCCGGAGGCUUUUCAGGCCCGGGAGAGAACCGGAAUCUGAGCGGCCCUGAUAACCGGGGCAGGGGAAGAGGGGGAUAUGAUCGUGGAGGCAUGAGCAGAGGUGGGCGGGGAGGAGGACGCGGUGGAAUGGGGUUACAAAGUGAGAGCCUUGUAUACACUUCAGUACUUAAAAAGUACCCGUACUCAGUACUCAGCCGGCAGCAUAAUGAAAAGUGGGACUAG